AACAACUGAGUCACCCAGGCACCCACACACUCUUCACUUUUUAGAAAAUGGUUGACCUCAUAUUUGUAAUCCAUGUUUAUAAAUUUACAACUUGGGCAUAAUGACAGUGUCUCUUUUUUUCCCCCACACUUGCUCCAAUUACAAAUCUCCACCCAGUCUAGCCUUUGUCCUUCCCCAGGCUCUGGUUUGAACUGGCCAGGGGUCUAAAGGCUGGCUUUACUUACUGAGUCUGCAGUUUGGGGCACCUAAAAUUGUGAAAAAGUACGAACUUCAUGGGAUUGUUGUGAAAAUUGAGACGCCAUUUUACUCCAUAAGUGGUAACUGCGGUUUCUGAGUUUAGCAGGAAAUAUCCCUAUCAGGAACAAUUCAUUUCCCUAACAUUUUUCCUGCAUCAACAUAUCAAAUAUACCUCUGGCAAACUUAUCUAGGCACAGUAGGGUGUUUGAAAUCUUGAUCCUAUUUCCAAGGCUUUUCUUCCUCUUUUAGCCCAUGGAUACCAGUAUGUUAGCCCUGCUUACUUACAUACUUCAGGCCCGGUUAGGGGUUACUGGGGUAGUGUAGGGGUUGAAGCGACAUAGGGAGAGGACAGGCUGGAUUGCAGGUAUAGAUAAGAGAUUUCCUCCCAGCAGGGUCAUCCCCGCCUUGUGAUUUGGAAGAAGGGAGGUGGGGAUGGGUGGUAAAACCGCAGGGGUCAAGGGAGUAGGCGAAUGGGGGUGCAUACGGGACAAUAGGGGUGAGAAAGAAGUAACCAAUUUAGAUCCAAGGUCCACAUGGGUGAUGAAGGGCAAAUAGGGAAAUCUAGCCCCAUCUCCCUCAAUGCCUCCUUGGGGCCCGAAAGAGGCGCUAUCCCAAGCCGCUCUUGGCCAAGCUCCCCAGCGGCCCUUGAGAACUCGCGAUCGAGAGGAGACCUCCGAGCUGCCUAGACGGGACCCGGAAGUGCGCACGGGGGAGCCCGAGUUUCCAGUCGUGCCGGGGGCCGUGGUCGACGCUGCUGCGGAGCGGUUGCGCCAUGACUGCCCGUCCGUUGUGCCGCGCUCUAAAGAAAUUAUAGAGGUCUUGUCUUUGGAGCAGCACCGGGGAUUGGAUCCAGCCCAUGGAGAAGCUGCCUGAGCAGAUAACCCCGGAGUCCCUGUAUCCAUCCUCCCAGCAGGAGCCCCGAAAGAGCAAGGAUGCUGUUACUUUUGCCUGGAAUAUUCUUCAUCUUGUUGAUCCUGAUCAUAGUUCAAGAUCCAGCUCAACGUCAUUCUUUGAGGCUGCCAUCUCCAGUUCACCUAGGAAUAAGAAAACUGACACCCAGGAAGGAGAAAUAACUUACCCAAGGUCACCCUCCUGGGAAUGGCAGAGCUGGAAUUCGAAUUCAGAUCUGCCCGGCUCCGGAUCGCUUCCACCUCCAUCAGCGCACCCACCGCGAACAGCUGCGGAGGCCAGGGACUGCAGAGCCGAGAGCCAGUUACCAAGAGCCUGCAAGUUCCUUUUUUCAUCCCUGAAUCGCUGCCUCUGGCCUAAGCUGGGCAUGGGGCGUCCGGUGAUGAUGACUUUAGAGAACAAGGAUAUGAAGGGAUUCACGUGGGCCAUAGCCCCAGCCUUGACCUCCCUGGGCUACCUGCUCAUACUGCUGGUCUCCAUCUUUCCCUUCUGGGUACGGCUUGUAAACGAGGAGUCCCACGAGGUGUUUUUCAGUGGCCUGUUUGAGAACUGCUUCCAUAUCAAGUGCUGGAAGCCUCGACCCUUAUCAGUGUACAUCAUUCUCGGCCGCGUUUUCCUGCUGUCUGCGGUUGUCCUGUCUUUCCUCACCACCUUCGUCCUGGUGUCCUUUGCGUCUCAACUGUUUCCCAGGACCUGGAAGCACAAUCUGGUGUCAGCCUUCAUCAGCUUCCUCACAGGGGUCUGUGCCUUCCUGGCCUUGUUGCUGCAUGCCCUGGAGAUCCAGAAUCUGAGGAUGAAGCCCAGCCCCCCCCAGUUCUCCGUGCAGUGGCCUUACUACGUCCUUGGCUUUGCCAUCGUUCUGUUCAUAGUGGCUGGGAUUUGCAUUUGCUCUUGUUUGAUGCUCGUAUGUACAACUAGCCAAGGAUCACAACAGGUGCCAUCUGCCUCUUCCAAGAAACAGCCUACCUUAGCUGCCAUUGGUUGCCCAGUUCCCGGAGGAGUAUCGAGGAGACCCAGGGCGUCCCCCACCUGGAGAAUCUGGAGAGUUUGGGAGGAGACCUGAGCUCCAUACAAAAGGAGACACUGCUGAAGGAAGAAACGGUUAUCUAAGGCGUCCUCCGCUGUAUGAACCUGCGGAGGCCUAAGGGGCAGCCGGUCUCCGUCGCUUCGCUUCCGAGGAGCUUCGUGACUCAGAUCAGUGCUCCCCUACCCUGUACUCACAGCUAUUCUGUCUUGCUUGUAUUUGCAAUUUAUUAAAAGUUUUUUGAAUUA